CCGGAGCCGUUUCCCCCAGCUGCUGGCACCCCGCGCUUCCUCCCUCGCCAGCCAGGACAUUGCCGUUUUGACUUUGCCCGCUGCUCAGCUGACGAGGCUGCGGAGCUGUAACUAAGUGGAAUUGGCCUCCCUGCCCACCUGUGGAAGAAUUAGCUCGCGCUGAUUGAUGCGCCAUCGACUUUUUUCCCCUUCGGCCUCGCCGGCGUCCCCUCCCACAGAUGUAGCAUCACCCAGUGAUAGUACUUUAGGCUGGUUUUUCCCCCAGGCUUCGGGCUUUGUUUGGGUUUGAUUCUGUUUGGCUGUUCACUAAGCUGAUUUAUGCAGCAGAAGCCCCAUCGGCUGGAGAGAAACAAAAGCUCUUUUCUUUGUCCCAGAGCGGGCUGCGGAGGCUUCGCUCGCGUCGCCGCCCCGGGCCAUUGACCGUCAGAGGAGGUGCUUCUCGCGGCGACCGCGGGACCAGCCGAGCCGAGCUGGCAGGGCCUCGGGGGCCCUGAGAUGCCAAGCGGUGUCCGGGCCAGCGUACCUGCACUGCUUGCUCCGAGCCGCAGGGUCCGCCUGCUGGGCCUGCGGGCAACGUCCUAGCGACACUUGGCCCGCGGGCCCCGAGGUGCGCCCGGGAGUCGCCAGCGCGCAGCCGGAUAGCAGCCAGGCGGCGGGCGCGGUGCGGGCUGCUUUGCAUUAUGUGCCGCUCCGCCCUGGCUUUUUUUACUGCCGCAUUUGUCUGCCUGCAAAACUGCCGGCCCGGUCCUGCCCCGGUCCUUCGGGCGGCCUGGGUGUUUUUAGUUGUUCUUGGACUGGGCCAGAGUGAAGACAAUAGAUGUACAUCUUCGAAUGCAGCAUCCUGCACCAAGUGCCUUGCGCUGGGUCCGGAAUGUGGAUGGUGUGCUCAAGAGGAUUUCAUUUCAGGUGGAUCAAGGAGUGAACGUUGUGAUAUUAUUUCCAAUUUAAUAAGCAAAGGCUGUUCGAUUGAUUCAAUAGAAUACCCAUCUGUGCAUGUAAUACCAAGGGAAAAUGAAAUUAAUACCCAGGUGACGCCAGGAGAAGUGUUGAUCCAGCUGCGUCCAGAAGCUGAAGCUAAUUUUAUGCUGAAAAUUCAUCCUCUGAAGAAAUACCCUGUGGAUCUUUAUUAUCUGGUUGAUGUCUCGGCAUCAAUGCAUAACAAUAUUGAAAAAUUAAAUUCCGUUGGAAAUGAUUUAUCUAGAAAAAUGGCAUAUUUUUCCCGUGAUUUCCGCCUUGGAUUUGGCUCCUAUGUUGAUAAAACAGUUUCACCAUAUAUUAGCAUCCACCCAGAAAGGAUUCAUAAUCAAUGCAGUGACUACAAUUUAGAUUGCAUGCCUCCUCAUGGAUACAUCCAUGUGCUAUCUUUGACGGAGAACAUUACUGAGUUUGAAAAAGCAGUUCACAGACAAAAGAUCUCUGGAAAUAUAGAUACACCUGAAGGAGGUUUUGAUGCCAUGCUUCAGGCAGCUGUCUGUGAGAGUCAUAUUGGAUGGCGAAAAGAAGCUAAAAGAUUGCUGCUGGUGAUGACAGAUCAGACAUCUCAUCUUGCUCUUGAUAGCAAAUUGGCAGGCAUAGUGGUGCCAAAUGACGGAAACUGCCAUCUGAAAAACAACAUCUACGUCAGAUCGACAAGCAUGGAACAUCCCUCACUAGGCCAACUUUCUGAAAAGUUAAUAGACAACAACAUUAAUGUCAUCUUUGCAGUUCAAGGAAAACAGUUUCAUUGGUAUAAGGAUCUUCUACCCCUCUUGCCUGGCACCAUUGCUGGUGAAAUAGAAUCAAAGGCUGCAAACCUCAAUAAUUUGGUAGUAGAAGCCUAUCAGAAACUCAUUUCAGAAGUGAAAGUUCAGGUGGAAAACCAGGUAAAAGGCGUCUAUUUUAAUAUUACCGCCAUCUGUCCAGAUGGGACCAGAAAACCAGGCACAGACGGAUGUGGAAAUGUGACAAGCAAUGACGAAGUUCUUUUCAAUGUAACAGUUACAAUGAAAAAGUGUGACGUCACAGGAGGAAAGAGCUAUGCAAUAAUCAAACCUAUUGGUUUCAAUGAAACCACUAAAAUUCAUAUACACAGAAACUGCAGCUGUCAGUGUGAUGACGGGAGAGCACCUAAACGAAAGUGUGUAGAUGAAGUUUUUCUAGAUGCCAAGUGUUUCCAGUGUAAUGAGAAUAAAUGUCAUUUUGAUGAAGAUCAAUUUCCUUCUGAGAGUUGCAAGUCACACAAGGAUCAACCUGUUUGCAGUGGUCGAGGAGUUUGUGUUUGUGGGAAAUGUCUAUGUCACAAAAUUAAGCUUGGAAAAGUGUAUGGAAAAUACUGUGAAAAGGAUGACUUCUCUUGUCCAUAUCACCAUGGAAAUCUGUGCGCUGGGCAUGGAGAGUGUGAAGCGGGCAGAUGCCAGUGCUUCAGUGGCUGGGAAGGGGAUCGCUGUCAGUGCCCGUCAGCCUCAGCCCAGCACUGUGUCAGUCCGAAGGGCCAAGUGUGCAGUGGAAGAGGUACGUGUGUAUGUGGCAGGUGUGAAUGCACGGAUCCCAGGAGCAUCGGCCGCUUCUGUGAACACUGCCCUACGUGUCACACAGCCUGCAGUGAAAACUGGAAUUGUGUGCAAUGCCUUCACCCUUACAACCUGUCUCAAGCUAUACUUGAUCGUUGUAAAACCUCAUGUGCUCUCAUGGAACAGCAUUAUAUGGACCAAACAUCAGAAUGUUUCUCUAGCCCAAGCUAUUUAAGAAUAUUUUUCAUCAUCUUCAUAGUUACAUUCCUGAUUGGGUUGCUUAAAGUCCUUAUCAUUAGACAGGUGAUACUACAAUGGAAUAGUAAUAAAAUUAAGUCCUCGGCAGAUUACAGGGUGUCGGCCUCAAAAAAGGACAAGUUGAUUCUGCAAAGUGUUUGCACAAGAGCAGUAACCUACCGACGUGAGAAGCCUGAAGAAAUAAAAAUGGAUAUGAGCAAAUUAAAUGCUCAUGAAACUUUCAGGUGCAACUUCUAAAAAGAUAAAAAGUACUUUAUGGGAAACUGGAUUUUUAAUAUUUGCUCCUAAAAAUAUAUAAUUUUAGAAGUCACAGGAGGAGACAAACUGUUCUAGAUCAUGCUGGUUGCUGGUUGUCCCCUUGAAUGAAGACUGACAAACAUCCUCAUCAUCAUGUGACUCACAUCGCUGCUGAAUUUUUCAGAGAAAAAUGUGUCUUACUACUGUUUGAGACUAGUGUCAUUGUAGCACUUUACUGUAAUAUAUAACUUAUUUAGAUCAGCAUAGAAUGUAGAUCAUCUGAAGAGCACUGAUUACACUUUACAGGUACCUGCCAUUCCUAUGCUUCCCAGAGAGAGAAAAUGCUGUGUCACUACAAGGGUACAGUAAUCCCUGCACCAAACGUGUGGAUGAAAAAAAUAAAAGGCAGUUAUACUACUGUUGCCAAACACUUCAACAAUUGGCAGUGAAUAGACAAGAACAUCUAGAUGAAUAAAUGGUUAGUGUUUCACUUAUUCAAGAGGUUAAUAGAUAAAACCUUAAUUUUGAGGGAUAUUGCUUUUGAAACUGUGUAGUGUUAUGCAUGUGUUUGUUUUCUGCUUCUUACAAGAUACUAAUUUCAACAUUCUCUCUUUGCCUUUAUAUUUUUUCUUUCUUACAGGAUAGGUUUAUAUAUGUCACAGAUGACUGGAUUAAAUAAGUGCUAAGUUACUACUGCUAUAAAAACCUAAUAAUACAAUGUCACUUUAUUAGAAUACUGAUUUUAAAAGCUGAAUGUU